AAAUGUCAAAUCAAAGCUGUCAAAUUACCAAAACAAACUGUGCCCGUCCCUGUUUUGUUUCUAUUUAUUUUGAAUCAUAAUGGUGUAAUUAUAAUUAUGAGUAGCAUUCAUAAACAUGUCUAAAAGAGUGUACUACAUGGGUACGACGUUCAUUAUAUGUUCCUUACUUUAUUUGGUAAGAGAAGAUGUUGCCCAGAUAUUUGAAGAUGAGAGUGCCAAAGUCGACGAGUGGCUGGACCAAAAUGACCUCGGAGAAUACAAGAAGCUAUUCAGAGAACAUGGUAUAUCGACGCUAUCAGGUUGCGGUUCGCCGGAGCAGCUGGAGCGGCUGCCGGAGCUGCCGGCGGCAGAGGAGCGGCUGCGCCGGGCCGCCCAGGUGCUGCAGCAGCGGCUCGUGCUGCGACAGUGGCUCGCCACGCACCGACUGCAGCACGUUUAUACAAAACUCCUGAGCCUGGACGUAUCUUCGCUGGAAGAUGUCUACUGGUUGGAGGACACGACGGCUCGCCAUGUCCUGGAGUCAAAGGAUUUCGGGGCGUGGUCCGCUGCACGGCAGAGCCUUCCGACCGGCAAGGAAGCGCUGCAGACCUUAAAGGCGGACCUGUGGAGUGCUGUUGUGAAGAACAGCAAGCAUCAGGACGCUUGGACAUGGGGUGGUAUGUUGGUGGUCUCGGUGUCGGUGUGCGGGCUGGUGACGCUGGCGGCGAUGACGCAGCCCUCCCUCGCACCCGAGGCUAAGCACUCGCUGCUGCAGUACGUCACCGGGAAGUACCUGCACCCGCCUAGUUGUAAGGUGGAGUGGGGUUGGCAGGAGCCGCAGGCCGUCGGCGAGACGAUGUGCUUCACGGUGUACUGCUAUCAGCGCAACGGGCAGCCGUACCCGAUCUGCGACACCGACGAGCUCACCGUCACCAUCACCAACGGUACCAGAAAGGUAACUGCAGUUAUAGAGCUGGGCUCUGGAGAUCCAGCCCAAGCUCAUACUGCGCGGGUUAAAUUCACUGUCAGGAUGUCGGGAGUGUACCUCAUAUCCAUUUUGAUUGAGGGCGCGGCGGUGGGCGGCAGUCCGUUCCGCAAGUGGUUCGUGGCGGGGCGCGUGGAGGCGCGGCGCUCGCGCGUGGCGCGCGCGCACGCGGCGCUGGUGUGGGCGGCCGUACGACAACCCGCGCCGCUGCAGGCGCCGCUGCAGGCGCCGCUGCAGGCGCCGCUGCAGCCCAACUCUGGCGUGCAGGAGUUCUCGAUCCGCAUCAACCCGGCCGGUGGAGAAGUAGACGAGGAGCUCUCCUCAUCAGCUCAGUUCGAGUACGACGCGGUGAACCAGCGGGUCUCCCUCACGCUCUGCUUCCCCAAGCCUGGAAUAUACCAGGCCGCGGUCUACUACGACGGGGUGUUGUUGCACAAUGGACAGUUUGAAUGCAUAGUGCUUACUGCGAGCGACACGGCGACGGUGCAGCGCAACAUAUCGUCGAAGCAGCAUAACAUCUGCUACGAGGCGCGGCUACUGUCGCCGGGCAAGCCGCGGCGCGUGCUCUGCUGCAUCAGCCCCAAGCAGUUCACCAUCAAGGACUACAUCCUUAAGUUCAUACCUAAGAGGAUCACCUCCUUCCGCUUGUGUCCUUCUACUAAGUUAAUAUUGAAGCCGACGCCGCCGGACUCGGGCCCUGGCGGUGAGUUCUCGCUAGAGGACGGAGUGCAGCCCUCGCUGGAAUUAGUGUCAGCUGAGAGGGACCUGAUUGCGGCCACGUUCACGCAAUUGCUCAUCGCCAACUGUGGCGGAGAAGAUUCAUUCAAGAACAAGCAGGAGUUCUUCUACAGCUCGCUGCGCGCGGCGCACGCGCGGGCGCCGCGCGACAAGCUGUGCGUGCGCGUGCGCCGCGACCAGCUCGUGCGCUCGCCGCUGCGCGCCACCAAACACUUCACGCUGGCGCACUGGUGCCGCAACUUCGACGUCUCCUUCCACGGCGAGCAGGGAGUUGACUGGGGUGGUGUGCGACGUGAGUGGUUUUCUUUGUUGUGCGGACAACUAUUUGACGCCAAGUUUGGCUUAUUCGUGCCUUUCCACGACUCACCGACGGGACUUGUGCAUCCUAACCCAGACCGACCCCCACAUCUCAAGUUGAAGCACUUCGAGUUGGCGGGUAAGCUGGUGGGCAAGUGUCUGUACGAGAGCGCGCUGGGCGGCCCGCACCGCCAGCUCGUCCGCGCGCGCCUCACGCGCUCCUUCCGCGCCAUGAUCAUAGGCCUGCGCGUGCAUUAUAAG